ACACCACUCAAUAUUUCAAAGAGUGCAAUAUUGCCAGCACGCGUCCCCCAACUUAUCUCUCCCGAAUGUAAAGUGUAAACCCAAGCUAUACUCAAACCGCUCACACAAAACCAAAGUCAAGUACACACUAAAACUACAUUAGUUGUAGUAAUGGCUUUUGUUCUUCCCAAUCUCUCUCCCCCAUCUCUUGCUUUAUUACAACUUAAAGACAAUAAAUCAUCAGCCACUUGUGUUUCUUCUCCAUUGACAUUAACAAAUAAGCCCAUUUCACCAGUUACUAAGCUUGAUUCUCCUCCUAAUCGUGUGGCCCUGAUCAAUCAAGCUCCCCCAGGUGGUCAGAAGCACCAGAAUGAUGACUUUUAUGUGAAUAUUGGAUUGGCUGUGAGGACUCUACGUGAAGAUAUGCCUUUGCUCUUCACUAAAGAUCUUAAUUAUGAUAUUUACAGGGAUGAUAUAACAUUUGUUGACCCUUUGAAUAAGUUUACUGGAAUUGAGAAUUACAAGUUGAUAUUCUGGGCUUUGAGAUUUCAUGGCAAGAUUUUGUUUAGGGAUAUUUCACUUGAGAUUUUUAGGGUUUGGCAGCCUUCGGAAAAUGUGAUCUUGAUAAGGUGGAAUUUGAGGGGUGUUCCUCGAGUACCUUGGGAGGCUAAAGGGCAAUUUCAGGGCACUUCUCGUUAUAAAUUGGACCGAAAUGGGAAAAUAUAUGAACACAAAGUCGACAAUUUGGCGUUUAAUUUCCCACACCAGCUGAAACCAGCUGUGUCUGUGUUGGAUUUAGUGACUGCUUCAGCAACCCCCAAGCCUACAUUCUUCUGGGGUCCGGUCGAGAGCUACUCUUCAUCUUGGUUACUUUUGUAUAGAGCUGUUCGAGAGACUUUGGUGGAUGAAGGUUCAUUUGUGAUUGCUCAAGACUGCCUAGUUACUUGUUCAUAGUGAGGGGAGGUACUUUUUGCAUAUUCUUAAAUAUAUACAAACAAAUUACUCUGGAUCCCGGAUAUAAAGUGUAUUUUUUGUAAUUGUACCUGUAUGUUAGCCUGUUAGGUACAGUAUCCGAUCAUAGAUACACUUAUAGGGUUUGUUAUUGGCUAACAUAUGUACAGAGUACAGACUGUGAUCUAAUUGGUUAAAUAUACAUCCUGGGCUGGUGCUAGAAGGAAGGUUUGAUUGCAUGGACCAGAUUUUGGAUUGUAUGUAUAGUUGUAUACAAAAUCAAUAUGUUAUUUGUUAUA